CUUGAAGCGGUUACAAACAGGAAGUAAACAUCCAGCUGUUGGAGAGUCCUGGUUAGCCUAGCAGACUGUUUAGCAUUGGCACAGUGAUGAAACGGUCUUACGAAUCGGAAAUAAACUGGUGUUUUACUAUGCUAUGUCCGGAGUAGUACACUAUAUCGUUUGAUACUCAAAGGACUAUAACUGUCCUCGACUUUCUUCCGGGUCAGGUGUCGAAACAAGGUGUGAAUGAGUGACGUGGUGCCUCCCACAGCUCUCAGUGAAGUCCAGCUCCGCUUCCUCUGCCACGAUGACAUAGAAAGUGUCAAGCUGCUCUGUGGGGAUUGGUUUCCAAUCGAGUACCCAGACUCAUGGUAUCAGGACAUAACAUCCAACAAGAAGUUCUUCUCCCUCGCUGCCACCUUCCGAGGAGGCAUCGUGGGAAUGAUUGUGGCCGAGAUCAAAGGCCGGACCAAAGUACACAAAGAGGAUGGAGACAUCCUUGCCUCCAGUUUCCCUGUGGACACACAGAUAGCCUACAUCCUCAGCCUGGGAGUGGUCAAAGAGUUCAGGAAACAUGGCAUAGGCUCUCUACUGCUGGACAGUUUGAAAGAGCACAUCUCAACCACAGCCCAGGACCAUUGCAAAGCAAUCUACCUGCACGUUCUCACCACCAACAACACUGCCAUCCACUUCUAUGAGAACAGAGACUUCAGGCAGCACCACUACCUGCCCUACUACUACUCCAUACGAGGCGUCCUCAAAGACGGAUUCACAUAUGUGCUCUACAUAAAUGGGGGUCACCCACCCUGGACAAUAUUUGACUAUAUCCAGCAUAUUGGUUCCACCCUGGCCAGCUUGAGCCCCUGCUCCAUCCCUCAGAGGUUAUACCGACAGGCCCAGUCGCUGCUGCGUUCUCUCCUGCCUUGGUCCAACAUCGCUUCCAAGACGGGCAUACAGUACAGCAGAACAAUGUGACAGAGCACGGGUUGCACUUCUGUGUCUCAUCAGUCUUCCUGUACAUACCAAGAAGUACAGACACACACCUUCUCCAAUCUAGUCUGACUUACCACAGCAGGACUCAGGUUCAACCUCAGUUUGACCGUUCACACACUAGAGUGCUGUCUGCAACUCGGUGCACAUUUGGCACUGUUCACACAAAACCCAAGUUUUGCAGCUAUAGUUAUUUCAAAUAUUCAUACAUUAUCAUAUAUAUGGUACACCAUCCUAUAGUUACCUUAGUAACCUGUGUUUACCCUGUCCUACCAAAGCUGAACAGUGUCAGGCCUGCUUUAACCAAGACUGUGAAGCAAAACAGAGGUCCUGGUUCAGAUGAACUCUGUCGAUCGAGGAGUCCAGACGGCAAAUACAGGUCAUCGUUUUGGUGUAAAGGGGUGUAGGAUUCACACGCACGCGCACGCACACUCACUCACUCACUCACUCACUCACUCACUCACUCACUCACUCACUCACACUCACACACACACACACACACACACACACACACACACACACACACACACACACACACACACACACACAUACACACACACACAUACACACACACUGACUCACUGGUAACCCAGACUUAAAGGUUUCAUCCUGCCUAUCUCUCAGUCUCCCUCCAUCCUGUCCACCACUGACACAGAGACUAUGUAUACUGUUUGUAUAUUAUAUAUACUAAGCUAAUAUAUAAAAUUCUCUUAAUAUGUAUGUCUGUUUUAUGCUGUCCAUAGUUCAAAAAACAAAAAACAAUCACGUCCCCUUUUUUUGAUUUAAGAAUAAUUCAAGAGUCGAUUCCAGUUUGUUCAGUAGAGACUCAAGACAAAGGUUAAUGUGAUUGGACUGUGAAUCUAGCUAUAGCCAUAGGCCAGGGUAGAAUAUAGCUGAUUUAAAGCUAGGAAACUUGAGACACAUUGUAGAUGGGUGAUAUAUUUAGUAGCAAAUGCUAUUCCAUCAUGGGAUUCUUCCUUUUUAAAACUCAAUAUUCUAAGAUUUGCUGUGUGCAAUACUUGAAACAGUAUAAGUGACAUCGGCUCAGUAACUUUUGGAGAUGUUAAAGUAUGUUUCUCAGUACUAACAACAACAAAAAGCUUCAGAAACAUUACAUAUUAUGCAGCACUGUAUCAAAGUCCAACCUAGAAAUACCAUAGUCACUCCAAGCAAGAUGGCCUUUUGACUUGUUUCCAGAUGUUGCCUAUGUAUAAUUAAUACCAGACUAAAUGGAAGUUGCUUGGGUCCUUAUUUCAGAGGUUUUAAAAUAGAGGCAGCCCAGUCUGUCUGCUCUGUGGCUGUAAAACUGCUGCUACUGUAGAGAAAUGUAUAUUUGUUUGACCAGAUUUUUAAAUACGGCCCAGAUUAGAUUUUUAUAUCGGCCUAAUGGAGAGAUAAGAAUAAGGAAGUAAUGUCCCCAAACACACCUUGUGUGUCUGUGUGCAUGCAUGUUUGUUUGUCUGUACGUGUGUAUAUGCACACAGGGUAAGAAAUUAGUCACCCAGCAAGUGCCAAAUAUUGGUCUGAUAUGCCAGUAUAAUGAGUAGAGUUCACCCAACAUGUUAGCUGGUAACUUUGUUAGUGACUAACAUUGAAGUUUCUCAAUUUUUCUUUCAUUCUGCUGCACUGCAUAAGACAUGAGGAGCCUGAUCCAGUGUAUCAGCGAGCUGUCUUAGGUUUUAUACAUGACAUAGUACUGAAAAAGGUAAAGGGUAACUGUGGGGGAAAAUGUGGAUUCAUUGUUAAAAGGUGAACAUUUCUCUGUUUACCAGCCCUGCACUGGUAACUUUUAAGUAAAUUUGACACAUAAUGUAUGCAAUAAACUUGUUUCAUUUGACUGAUUGUAAAGGCAAUGUUUGAACAUUU